UGGCCCAAGAUUUGUUAUGAAUUUUUAAGAAAAACUUUCCUUGAAGCUCAGAACUCUUGUUGCCUGCUGAGGGGGGCCGGGCACUGAGUGCUGUUGGGCCUGGGUGACUGAGGAAGCUCUGGAUCCUCUGGCCUGAGGGUCCUGGGUGUGGCCUGGCCCGGAAGUGUCGGGGUUUGCCUGGACCCUGGCUGGCAGGCAGGGCUGGGGCUGUGAGCCAGCUCCCAGCUUUGUCACAGCGGGGCCACGCCAGGUGCAGCCAGCGUGACACUGAUACGGAUGAACAGAGAAGCGCCCAUUGUCUGGCACCCACUUCCCCGUGAAGCACCCAGCCGGGUGCAGCCAGCGUGACCCUGAUAUUAGCAUUGGCUUCCACGGCUGCUGUGGAGGACACAAUUGCUUGGGCCUGAGAGCCCACGCACUGUGAGAUGCGUAUGUUUCGUCUCCUGUUGGAAAGGUCAGUUUUCAAGACACAUCCUGCUGCUGUCAAGGCGCCUGGUUCCUUGUGGCUGGACCUCAGCCGUGGCAGUGUCUCUGAUGGUGGCUGGUGGCCGUUCUGACCCCCAACACCUGCCCUGACUUCUCACUGCCCAGCACCUGCCUCCCCAACACCCACGUCAGCCCACCUGUCCACUGUCCACAGCACAGCUGCCCCGGCACCCACACUGGGCACAGUGCUUGCCUCCCCCGCUGAGUCCACCUGGCCUGGCGUUGGCUCCAUGGCUGGGGUCCAGGCUGGGCAGGCUUCCGUGAUGUCAACGGGAGCUGGGCGCUUCCGGGCUCUGCUCGAGGGUCCCCAGGGUGAGUUUGUCCCUGUGGGACUCUUGCUGUGGCUCUCAGAUGCUCUCUGAGUGUUUCUUCUGGUGCCCUGUCCACUCCGACCAGGCACGGACAGAGGAUGGACACUGUAGAGCAGCCGGACACUCCCUGGAGCUGGGAGGGAGGUCAUUGUACCCGAGGACCCUGGUCUGCAAGGGAAUGGCAGGGAGUGGACACUGGGAAGCCACCAAUGUGCCACCAGAAGCAAGUACAUGAAACUGCAGAUUUUCUAAGUCUGGAGUGGGUGCCUGGUUCUGCUCGUUCUCACGUCUGUUCCCAGAACUGGUGUCAGGAUUAGGAAAUGGGUGUCAUGGAGACAGUGUCCCGGACUGCUGGCCCUGUGUCUGCAUUUACACGAGAUGGGGAGCCCCAGUACACCACGUAUUCCUCUUUCCCCGGUUCCGUGUGUCACUUUCAUGUUCUUCGAUGGCACUGAAAACCCAGUGCCCCAAAGCAGUAGAGGGGGCGGAGGCAGGGGACCCUCAGGCGGGGCUGUGGCUGGAGCCUGCCCCUGCCGCCAUACACUCAGCAGCUCCCUGCAGGGACUGGGCCUCCCUGGGGGCCCAAGGGACCUGGGCCCACUGCAGCUCCGGGAAAGCUGUAGUGUGCCGUCCUCCUCUGGGAUGUGCAUCCGGCCUUGCCCGUGUGCUGUGUGACCUGUUUGGGAGCUGUCUCCUCUGUGCUGGGGCUGAGGGGCUGCCAGGCUUCUCUCCAGCUGGCACCGAGACAUGUUCCUUCCGGACCCUGUUGCAACCCCACAGGAGCCUGCUGGCCUCCUCUCCAAGGACUGGGUUUCUUUCUGGUUUGUGAAGCUGCUGCACACGGACGGGUCUUCUCGGUACCAUCUUAUUUCUGGAUACAGGUGGAGACUGACUCUACUCGUGUCGUUUUCAUUUUGUUUUUACAGUGUAGGGGACCAAACCUGGGGCCUCACGCAUGCCACACAAGUGCUGUACCACCGAGCAACAUCCUGCCCACACUGCCUCUGUUCCUUUUUUGAAAAAUAUUUUAUCAGUGCCUAUUAACUUUACAAAGAACAGUUUCAAUGCAUAUAUUUUGGUCAUAUCCGUUCCCCUGUUCCUCCCCUUACACUGGAGAGAGCUCACUCAGUGAUCAGGAGAGGUACAGAUAAAGGUUUCACUACUUACAGGUGCGGGGGGCCAUGGCACACCUGGGGCCAUCCACGCACACGUGCACACUCACCGGCACACACACAUGUACACAGAGGCCAGGGAGCUUGUGCAGGUCGGGGAGCACGAGCAUCAGGGCCAGGUAGCAAUGGGACUGUUUAGAGAGCAGGUGUGAAAUUUUAAACAACCCUGCACGAAAACCCUUUCCUGGAGGACAUUCAUCCUGGAAUCCUGCAGGCCUAGUUUGGGCAGGGGUACAGGUACAGGGAGAGAGCUCUCCAGUCCCCUCCAGAGGAACAGAAAUGGGCCAUCACAUCCAAGCCAAAUGGCCAAGAACAGUGUUUGCCUCGACUUCGACAUGAGCACGGAGGGCUCACAGGCGAAGCCACCGUCAGGAUGGCCCAUCCCAGCUCCUGCCCUGGGGGUCGUCUCUGAUGUCCUCUUCCCAGGCCUGCAGCCCUGACUAAGUUGUGACAAGCAGGGCCCCUGGGGUGUGGCAGGGGGUGCUCAGCCUCCUCUCUGGGGAGAGGGACCCCCCCCCCGUCAGUGCCCAGGAGAGGAGUCCCUGGCCUUCUGAUGGCCUCCGGUCCUGGGCUGAGUAGGCUGCAGCCCCUUCACCAGUCUGUGCUCCUGGCCCACUGCGAUCUCUUGUACACGCGUGUGCUCACGUGUGUGCUCAGCUAUGCAUGGUGUCUGUGUGAGCCCACCCCAUCUUGCUUUCCCUUUGUCGGAGCUGCCGCUGCUGCGCAAGUGUCCCAGGCACUCCCUGCCUCAGUGAACCUACGUCCCCUGUCCACACAGCAGGUCUGUCUUCUCCAGGAGAACCUGUGCUUAAGGGACGCAGGAAGGUCACGGAGACCAGAGCCCAGGGCUCUGACUCCCACCAAGCCCUCUGUGGCAGUGCACACAUCAGUCAGCCAGCGAGGGCCUGUGCAGUGGGCCUCAGGGCCAGCUUCCCCACACACGCCCUCGGGGCUCCACACUCUGGGGCUGCACCCCAUGCGCCCCUUCCUGCCGGGCUCUGCAAGCUGCCCCUCUGGACGCUGGCCCUGGCCUGUCAUCCUCUGGGGAGUAACUGGCUGGAUUCAGCAGCUCCAGCAAGUGUGAUACUUUCCUGCUCCACUGCAGAGCUGGCCCCGGUGUAGGUGUGUGAGUGUGCAGCCAGGAAGGGACCUGUUGGUCCUGCUUGCCGAGUUCCUGGGACCCCUCGGAGCUGUAUAAAGGGCGGCCGGCCGAGUGAGGACCCAGCAGAGCUUCUCCGGCCUCAGUGAGCUCUUAAAUACCAGGAGUGCAGACCCUGAAGAUGAAGACCUUGAUCCUGACCUUCGGCCUCGGCCUCCUCGCUGCCCUGCGGGCCCAGGACCUCCCGGGGGUGGAGGAGGAGAACCAGGAAGUGUCAGGGACGGGGACGUGGUAUCUGAAGGCUGUGGCUUCUGACAAGAAGAUUCUGGGGAAGAAUGAGUCUGUGUCUGUGACCCCCAUCAUGGUCAAGAGCCUGGAGGGGGGUAGCGUGGAGUUGAAGUUCACUGUGCUGGUCGGAGGUCAGUGUCAUGAGAUCAGUGUCAUCCUGGAGAAAACAGACGAGCCGGGCAAAUACACAGCCUACGAGGGCAAGCAAGUGGUACACAUCAUCACGACGGGUGUGCAGGACCACUACACCCUCUACAGUGAGAGCAAGUGGGACAGCCAUGUGAUCCGGACAGUGACUCUCAUGGGCAGAGACCCGGAAGUCAACCAGGAAGCCCUGGAGGAGUUUGAGAAGGUGGUGGAGGCCAGAGGCCUCAAGACAGACAGCAUCUCCAUCCCCAAGCAGAGGGGUAGGAAGGGCACCGCGCUGCCCGACCCGGGGUCACUGAGGACGGGCCAGGCGCAGCUGGCUCCGGGUCUCCUCGCUGGGGCCGGGGAGAUGCUGGCUGACAGAGGCUCCCGGGGUCCUGUGGAAUUCCCGGGGCCCCAACCCUGGUUUUCUCUCUUCAGCAGAAGCCUGCUCUCCAGGAAGCGCCUAGGGCCGGAGAGCCGGGCUCUGAAGCGGCCGUGGCGGCCCCACCGGAGCCCCCCCGCGACACACACCGGCCAGCCCCGCCGCCUGCCUCCCCGCGCCCCUCUCCCGUUCCGGAAUAAACAGCUUCAGCCGCUCCCGGACUCUUCCUUCCUGUCUGUGGGGUCCGGGGCGCCCCAGGGGGACUUCUGAGAGGGGAGCGGACGGGGAAGUGGGCGGAAAGGACCCGAGGGUCCAGCGCGUCCCGGUCUCCUGCGGGUGCUGCUGGCCAGGGCGAACGGGGCCCAGCGCUGGGGUGGCAAUGGGGGCGUCGCCCCGGACAGUUCUGGAAGGACAGACCAGGAAUCUCUUCCCCUGGCCCCGUGCUGGAGUCGCCCCAGUAGCUUUUUCUUUUUAUUUGGUACCGGGAAUCGAACUCAGGACCUUGCGCUUGCGAGGCAGGCGCGGUGCCACUGAGCUAAACCCCCGGCCCCAGUAGCUUUUAACAAUAGCAGAGGCCUGUGGAGCCCGCGCCAGGCCCGGGACCUGCGGGGCCGUCCUCACCUUCCCAAUCGUGCCCCGCAAGCCCGCAGCGGCUGGGACC